GCAGGAAACAUCUAUCCUCAGUUCCAAUUUGUUCUACAUUUCACAUUUCGAAAUCUUAAUGCCAUCAACAGAGCCGUUUCUCUGGCUGAAAUGGUAUUGGAUCAGUACCCUUAUUUAGAAAAGAUAAUUGAAGAUAUCUGGAUGAAACCUGAAUAUCUUCUCUUGGUUUUUGAUGGAUUAGAUGAGUACAAACACCAGAUUGAUUUCACUGGCCGCGUGGCUGGUGAUGUCUCUGCGAAUCACUGUGUUGCGCCUGACUGCAGAUGUGAAGUUUUUGAAAUGGUGCACUCCCUGGUACAGCAACAGCUGCUCAGACGUUGUUCUGUGCUGGUUACCAGCCGGCCGACUGCCCUUGACUCAUUGGAAAAGGCCAAUGUCAACCUUUGGGCUGAGAUCCUGGGCUUUCUUGCUUAUGAAAGAAAAGAAUUUUUCAGAAAGUUUUUUGGCAGUGAGCAACUCGCUACCAAUGUCUUCAAACACAUCGAGGAGAAUGAGAUCCUGUACACCAUGUGCUACAACCCUUCAUAUUGCUGGAUCAUUUGCUCAACCUUAGGCCUACUCUUUACACAGAUGAAGUGCAAGCAACCUCUUCCCAAAACUAUCACUCAACUUUUCUCCAUCUACCUUUCCAAUCUCUUGGACAACCACAAGCGAGAUGUUGAGGACCAGCGGAUGGUUUUACAGCGACUCGGGGAGUUGGCUUACCAGGGAGUUUCGAAAAGGAGAAUUAUUUUUAAUGAGAAUCACUUCAUUCAGCAUCAGCUGGAGUCCAGCAAAUUCAUUUCAGGAUUCAUGAUGGAGAUCUUGGAAAGGGAUGACACAGCUAAAAACAUUGUGUACACAUUUCUCCACCUUACCAUCCAGGAAUUCUUGGCCGCCCUGGCUCAGUAUUUGAGUCCAAAGCAUCAGAACGUGGUGGAAAUGCUUCACUGUGCUUUUAAGAAGGAUGAUGGUCGGUUUGAGAUUUUUAUUCGAUUUUUAGUUGGUCUUUCAACACCCACUUCAUCCCGAAAUCUGGAACCAUUCCUGGGUCCGCUGUCUCAUCACACGACCAGUCAG